AUGGGUUCGUGGAAGAGUGGGUCGAUGGGUUUGGAGAGGAUGAGUGUGGACCAGUUGAAGGCGGUGAAAGAACAAACCGAUCUGGAGGUGAAUCUUCUGCAAGACAGUCUCAGCAACAUUCGCAGCGCCACCACUCGCCUCGAGAUCGCUUCCUCCGCCCUCAAUGACCUCUCCCUCCGUCCUCCCGCCAACCAAAUUCUCGUCCCCCUCACCGCCUCCCUCUACGUUCCCGCCGCUCUCCACGACUCCACCCAUGUCUUGAUCGACGUCGGCACCGGCUACUUCAUCGAGAAAACCAUGGAUGAAGGAAAAGAUUAUUGCGAGCGCAAAAUCAACUUGCUCAAGUCAAACUUUGAUCAACUUGUUGAGAUUGCAUCCAAAAAGAAAAACGUGGCAGAUGAAGUUGGAGUUAUUCUACAGGCUAAAUUGAAGCAAUUAGCCUCAUCAUCCUAA